AAAUACUGCUGUAGAGUCAGUUCUCGGUCAGAGCUGCUUUGACAGACUGAGUUACUUUCUCUAAGUGUGAAAACACUUUUUUAACACUUAGUCAAAAACUUGUUUUGAAAACCGCACCCUGACCAGCUGUGGGUGAAUUGAAAAUCUCUGGGAGUAAGGAACAGGCAAAAUUUAAAGUUUUGGCUCCAGGUCUGGGCAUUCGUCCCAAACUAGAUAUCCAUUCUCCCAUUAACAGGUUUACAGUGGGAGUUGAUUUACCUGGAUUAUUUUUUACCCGGAGGCUGUAACUCCAAUACAGGUGUAACUUGGAUUAUCUACCUGUGUUACCUGUGCCCUGGAUUAUUUCCCUGUAUUAACUGCAGGUUGUGACUUGGCAUACAGUUGUAAUUAGGAUUAUCUACUUGUGUUACCUGGAAGCUGUGGACAGGUGUAACUUGUAUUAUCUACCUGCAAUACCUGGACACUUGCAACAGGUGUGAACAGGUGUAACUUGGAUUAUCUACCUGUAUUGCAGACACUGUAAUUAACCUACCUGUGUUACCUGGAUGCUGUGAACAGGUGUAAAACCUGCUGUGAUAUUUAAUUAAGACGACACUAUGGAAUUACUGCUGUACAUAUCUGUGCUCCUGUUAUCUCUGCGGGAAACAUUAUCGUGCUCUUGUUUACCAUCUCACGGACAGUACCUUUACUGCCGGUCAGACUUCAUUCUGGUUGCUACGGUAAAGGCGGAGAAGAACAUCUAUAGCAGACAUGAUGUCAGAAAUGAGUUACCGCUAUCAAAUGUAGAUUUCGUCAGUAGCUCCUUUGAUUCCAGGAUACCAAUUGAACGUCACUACAGAGUCAGGGUACAUCGCACAUUCAAGGGAAAUUUGAACAAAGAUUACCAAAGAGCAUUGAAGAAGUAUCUGUACACUGGAGGCUCUGACGCUGCCUGUGGGGUUGUAUUGAAGCACCGAAAAACAUAUAUUUUGUCAGGUACAAUCCGAAACAACCAGCUAUGGAUCAGUCGAUGUGGCUGGGUUGAAGAGUACAAAACUCUCAAUCUUCACCAGAAAAAGUUCCUCAAGUUCAAAUACAAGCACAACUGCGAUUGCACAGUGACCACCUGCUUUGGCGAGUAUUGCCCUGGGACCCGCAGGCUCUUUCGCCGAGAUUAUUGUAAAUAUCAACCCAACUGGACCCAAGAUUGUUACCAACGCCAUGGGCAGUGUAUGAGGAAGGAUGGCGUGUGUCAGUGGAAGAAAAACAACCAGUUUAAGGUGUGUUUGAAACAAAAUGAAGAACCCUUUCCGUGGAAGAAACGACACCUUUUACCGAUCGGACCAGAGAUUCCCCCAGAAACCAGCAACGAAUCAAACGGUCAUAGUAGCCCAAGUUUCCCUGGGUACCAGGAACCGUGAAACAGAUCCUAGAUAUUUUAGUUUUUAAAAUUGUGUCAGGAACCUCCUGGUGGUGGCUAUGCAGAGAGCAUAGGUGUGAUAGAGUUGUACCCCUUGGACUUGGACGGUUGUGUUAGAUGGCAGCUGGAAUGGGAUAACAGAGAGACUGUCGUUUAGACUUUUUUGUGAAUCUGUGAUAAUUAAGUUUGGAUGUAUUGAUUUCUUCCAGCUUCAAAGAGCAGCUCAGACUCUGAUCAAGCAAACAAAACAUGCUUUGAAGAGCAGCUCUGACUCUGAUCAAGAAAAUUAAGACUUUGACUCUGAUCAGGCAAUCAAAGAAAGCUUCAAAGAGCAGCUUUGACUCUGAUCAGGCAAAUAAAGCAAGCUUCUAAGAGCAGCUCAGACUUUGAUCAGGCAAACAAAGAAAGCUUCAAAGAGUUGCUAUGAAUCUGACCAUGCAAACAAAGUAAGCUUCUAAGAGCAGGUCAGUCGUUGAUCCACAACCAAAUAAAGAACGAGUUGCUUUAAAGAACAGCUCAGACCCUGAUCAGGCAAAUAAUGUAUUUUUCUCAAAGAUGAUCAAAGACUCUAAUCAACAAUUGAUGUAUUUUUUCUGAAUGCAUUUAUUUCAAAAAGUUAAGCUUAUAGACACUGAUCUGACAAAAAUCACUUUAAAUUCAAGGAGUGCCAUGCAAACUUUAAGCAUCAGAAGAAAACAUGUAAAAAUACCCAAAAAUAUUUAAUAUGUAGGAUCAAACAAAAACUAAUAAUGCCAUUUGAAGUCCAGGUACUCAUCAACUUUCAUCAGGAUGUCUAUAAUGGACUUAACCAACUAAAGUUUUAAAAUAUAUAAGAACGGAAAAAUCUAGUUUAACUGCUAGAAAAUGUUCAGCAUUUCUACUAUCAAACUGUAAUACAAAUUAAAAGUAUAUUGGCUAAUAUUGUCAAAUUAAAAAAAAAAAAAAAAAAGAAAAGAAAAGAAAAAGAAGCAGCAACAAGGAAAGCUAUUGACAACUUCUACCUUAUCAACAAAUUUUGCUUUAAAAUUUGGCAAGGAUGUUUUUUUUUUAAAUGUAAAAAUUUGUAGGUAACUGAAACAAAUACAUCUGUUAAUACUUAACAUCCAGCUUCACACAAGAAGUUCUCAAUUGUGUGAAUCAAACCAGCAUUCGUUACAUUCAGAUUCAACUGUGGAGUUGAAUGAAGAAGUAAUAGGGCACCAUGUUUAUUUGAAUAUUUACUAUUUCGCAGAUAUAUAUUUUCAUUUCAUCAGAAUAAUUGUACAUUUUUGUACAUUGUAUGUGAUAGUUGAUAGGCCUGAAUGCAUUGUCUAGGUUCCGUCCUAGUUAAAAGUAUUCAAUUUCACUACAAAUGAUGUAUGUUUUGUAAACAGGUAUAAUUAUGAACUUUUAAAAUUUAUAUUCAACACUGUCAUCUCAUGUUUUCCUUUUUAAAGCCAUCUCUAAUGAAAUUGAUUAAAGAUAAUUUCAGCAUCUUUAACAAAUGUUUCUAAUUGAAAAAUCAAUUAGAAUUGAAUUUCAUAUCUUAAUCAUUAAGGAGAUAAUUGAUCCCAUUUUCCUUUUAAGUUUUCUUUGUAAUUAUAUUUAAAUGGCCAUAUUUAUCCUGCAGUAAGCUCAUGGGAUUCCACAAAUAAACUUGACUCAAAGUAAAAGGGUUGGGUUAUUUCAGGACAAUUAAGUUAAUGGAUUUGUUGGUACUGAACUACAAUUGCUAGUGGUGGGCUUAUUAUCAGACAUGGGCUUAUUAUCAGACAUGGGCUUAUUAUCAGACAUGGGCUUAUUGUCAGGUAAAUAUGGUAUUAUGUGUAACUCUAAAUAUAGCAUAUGUUGUAAAUACAUGUAUAUAAAUAUACAUCAUCAGCUGAAAAUAUAUGAAGGGAGACAACUCCUGCAUGAUGAUAAUUUCAUUUAUAUUUUUAAAGUGAAUAAUUUAAUUUGUAUUUAACAAUCAUAAGUGAGACUUGUACAGAAAUACAUAUCAGUUCGAACUGUGUUGAUUUUGUGUACAUUAGUUUAAAUUGUAGUUAAAUGCUUUUAAUUGUAGUAAACCUACUUGAACUACAAAAAUAUGCAUGUUUUUAAAUAAAUAUCUGUAAAAACAUUAACUUUAAUAAAUGCAUCAUUGGAACAUUA